AUGAGGGAGCUGUCCUGCUUCGGCGACGGCUCCGUGAGCGUCGCGGCUGCGGCCGCCUCCGUCUCCGGCCGCGGCGCGCUCGACCGGGCGCUGCUGGCGGCCACCAGCAGCGUGUACAGGGCGGUGCUGUCCUCGGGCAAGGAGAUGCUCGUCCGGGUGACGUGGACCCGGAGCGCGGCCGGAGCGCCCGGCGUCGCGGUCGCCUUCGACGAUGGCGGCGCCAACUCCUCCGACGCGCCGAAGCCGUCGCCGCCGCCGGCGAGGACAAGGCCUGUCCUGCUGCUGCACAAGAGGCGAGGGAGCCGGUCGCUGGUCACGGGCACCGGGACGGCCGUCGGCGUGCACUGGGACACCGCGGAGGCCAAGUACGCCUCGGGGUCGUCGUCCCCGGAGCCCGAACGCGACUACUGCCUCGCCGUCGUGGCCGACGCCGAGCUCGCGCUCCUCCUCGGCUCCGGCGGCGCGGCGCGCGAGCUCUCCCGCCGCCUCAGCCUCGCCCCGGGCGGCGCGCGCGCCGCGCUCCUCGUCAGCCGGCGCGAGCAGCUGCGGUGCGCGGCGGCGGCGCACGUCACGCGCUGCAGAUUCCGGGAGGGCGGGGACGAGCACGAGGUGGCCGUGCACGCGUGCCGGGGCGGGGGCGAGGGGGAGCUGCGGGUCACCAUCGACGGCAAGAAGGUGGCUGAGGUGCGGCGGGUGGGCUGGGGGUUCCGCGGCAACCGCGCCGCCGUGCUGGCCGACGGGGAGGUGGUCGACGUCAUGUGGGACGUGCACGACUGGUGGUUCGGUGGCCGGGGCGGCAGCGCGGGCUCGGGGGCGCAGUUCAUGGUGAAGGCCAGGGCGGAGAAGGAGGGCAGGCUGUGGAUGGCCGACGACACGGCGGCCAGGGGGCAAUCGCCAGGUGGCUUCUUCUUGCAUGUGCAGUGCUACCGCCGGUGA